GAGAGCAGGACAGCCGUCCGCUGAAGAAGCGUAAAACCCGACGGCCAAGCUGGACCAGGCUGGUGAACCGGGCACAGAGACUGGUAGAGAACCCAGAUGGCCGCCAAGAUGCCCCCUUAGUUGCCCCACAGACCCCCACUACCCCCCAGACAUCCCCCACUACCCCCCAGACACCCGCAACUUCCAACUCACCCAACCUUCGGUCAGCUGAGUCAUGCCUAGCCCCCUCCGUUCCCCCACCCUCCAGUCCGUCCUCCCUCUCCCCUUCUACCUCCACCCCUGUGAGACCCAGACCAGCAGGGCGACCCCCAUCCCCCACACAGUCUCACCUGUUGACCUCUGACCCUAGCCCUUUACCUGGACCUGACCGUCCCUUCAAUCAGGCCAGAAAAAAGGGGUCGCCCCAAAUCCCAAACCUGGAGCUUGGACGAACCCCAACCCAGACACUCCCCUAAACCUACCCAAGCUGAGAUGCUCCCUCAUGGGCAUGAUGAGACUCCGGACCCCCAUGUGCUCAACCCAGUGCUGGAUCACAGUCCCACCCUCACCAAUCCCUCUAGCCCCAACCCCACGCCCAGGAAACGAGGUCGCCCCAAACGCCUGCCCCCCUUCCCCCUCCUCCCCAAACAGACUCCCCAGGACCAGAACAGGGGUACACUGACCCCCUCUGGAGGUGAGGAGGGGGGUAAAGACUUCCCCUCUGAAAAGGGGAACAGGAAGCUGAGGAUGAGGAGCAUCAUAGGAGAGAUGAAGAGGAGGAAGAAGAGGAGGCUACUCAGGGAAAUGCUUUCUGGGUGUGGAGGGGGGAAGGAGGGGAGAGGAAGAGAGGGAGGUAGAGAGAACUCUUGUAGGUGUGCAGGAGGGGUGUGUGGGUCGGCCACAGCACCCUCCCUGUCCUCCUCCUUUGGGGGUAAACUAGGUCCCCAGAUCAACGUGAGUAAGAGGGGGACCAUCUACAUGGGGAAGAGGAGAGGACGCAAACCCAAAGCUCCAGCUAACUCUAACCCUGCCUUUCAGUCCACACUGUUCACCAGUCUCUCUAGUUCCUCUCUCUUCUCCUCUCCCCAGCCCCAUCCUCCCCUCUCUCACCCAUUCCCCUCCCCAUCUCUCACCCACUCCAGUGGAGCCCAGAGCCCUUACAGUGAUGGAGGCUGCACAGAACCUGCUCCCUCCCUCUUCCUCCCCCACACCUUCUCCCUCCCCUCACCCUCCUCCUCUUGCGCAUCGCCACGUCCUCUCUCCUCCUCCUUCUCCUCCUGCUCAUCCCUCUCUCCCUCCCUAAAGAGGAGUUCUCCAGGUCAGGGACGACAUCCCCUCUUCCACCAUCCCUCCAGCAGACUCUCUUCUCCUCCUCUUCUUCACCCUCUUUACCCCCAUCUGCCUGUCUUCCCCACACACCUGAAAGAGGCCACAGCCUCACCUAUCAGUAAAUCACACAGCAAGGAGAUGUUGCCUAGUGAUAGUGUGAUUGGAAUGGACCACAACACUAUCUCAGAGAGGGGGGAGAGGAGGGGCCGAGGGAGAGGGGGUGUAACCAUGGGAAUGACUUCAGAUGUCACCCGGUCAGUGUUCCGGACAGGUUUAGGGGUCAACAUGAAGGGUCAGAGACAACCCUCACCCUCCAUGUUACUAGAACACCCCCCCCCUGUACCCUCACCCAUCAGAGUGUCAGCCUCACCCCCCUCUGCCUCCCCCAGACACACGCCUUCUUCUGACUUAGUGGAACCCAGAGACAGACAUAGGCACAGGCGGAGGGGGUACGAAUGUCCCUAUACCUGCCCCCCCUGCCCCUGCCUAGGGCACAACCAGCGCUCCCAUCUGGACCUCUGCCCCUGCCUAGGGCACAACACACACAAGAGACAGAAACACAAACACAAGAGGAAGUACCAGCACCUGCUCAUGCACGCGCACGACCCAGACUUCCUCUCUGAACUAGACGAUCUCAUUGGGCAGUUCAGCGAGGUCCGCAUCGGUCGCCACCGUGAUUGGGCCAGAGCUGGAUUGGGGCAGGAUCUCGAUGAGAGUGGGGAGAAAAGACGCCACUCUUCAUUAUUGUCAUCGCAAAAUUUCCGCUCAAACGUUUACAGAAUCGACUUGAGUGGAUACUACUCGCCUCACCCCCUGUCUCACCCCCCUGUCUCACCCCUCCUUCUCCCCGCUCCACCCCCACCCCUGCCACGGCCUGCCUUAUGGCAGCAGAAAGCCAGAGCAAAGGUUGAGGUGUGGCUGUCCCACCAAGCCCUGUGGGUCCUUAGACCAGGGUGACUGUGGC